AUGCAACCGAUAUUAGCAAUAAUCGUUGAUAUAUUUUUUCUGCUAAUUACAGCUAAUGUUGCACAUAUUUCACAUAUUCGAAAAGCUCAUUCAUAUUUGGAUCUUCGUAUCAAACUUUCACCAAUUGAUGACACAACAAUUUGUGAAAAUGAUCCACCUUGUUCGAUACCAUAUGCUAUUUCAGUAUUACAUUCUCCCAAUCAUUUUGAUUUAUUGAAUAUAAUGAUGCAAGAUGGUGGAUUAUUAAGACACAAUCAUAAUCGUUAUAGCGAUUCAACAGUGAUACGAUUAACAAAAGCAAUGAAAUCACAUAAUGGUAAAGUAUAUUUGGGAUUGCGAUUUUUUGAUUUACCUGUUGGCAUGCAAGAUUACAUUAUUAUGGAUGUCACCAUGGUGAUUGAAAAUGGUAUGAAAAAAAAGAUGGAAAUGAUAACAGAAAAUUAUCGACUUCAUGUACAUGUUACCAAAGAGAUGGAAAAAAGUUUUUUAUCAGAUAACAUAGACACUGAUAUGAUAAAUUCAACAAAUUGCCAAUGCAUUCCAAAAAAUUGUGCAUGCUGCAUGACAUUAAAUGUUGCAAAAAUUGGACUUAAUGAUUUCGCAUGUGUAAAUAUUACGUAUAUAUCAGAAGAUAUCGGUGUUCGUUUAUCUUUUUCUAUAAAUGGCUAUAUUUAUAUUUCGAGAGAAAUAUCAUUGCGUAAUCCACCACCGUAUUGUUUGUCAUUGCCAUUUUUGAAGGAAUACGCUAGCAUUUGCUUACGCUUACGUAAUUUAAAACUUCGAAAAAGAAAUCUUGACGGUUGCUUGGAAUUAGACGCUGAAUUGUAUCACGUCCACGUGGCUACGAUACAUCUAGGUUGUUUCACUAUACCAACCUGA